CGGCCACAAAAGGCAGUGUGACCUAGAUGUGGCGGACGCUCUUUACGGCGGUGCAUUGGGGAUACCCACCAGUGAGAGGGUUGACAACGCGAGACACAAGUUCCGGCAGCGGGUCAGUAAAUCGACGUCAUUUACACGUAAAAGCAUUCCAUAGAUUUCCUUCACUAUGCCUUUGACACCAGCAGAACGCCAGAACUGCGAGGCCUGUUUUCGGAAGUUUGACAAGAAUGGCGACGGCACCCUGUCCAUUCAGGAGAUGGUCCAGCUGAUCCGGGCCCUAGGCUGGUCGCCGCAGAAGUUCCCAGACUCCGCCAUCUGCGAUUGGUUUUUGGAAGUGGACAAGAAUAAAAGUCGGUCUGUGGAUCUGCAGGAAUUUCUAACGGUCUGCGAGAAUAGACCGAGAACCGAAGUCAACGAGGCUAACCUGAGGAGGACGUUCAAGGAGUUUGACCAGGACGGCAGCGGGACGAUAUCUGCAGCCGAACUGAAGCAAGCCCUGUCCAAAUGUAACAUAAAGAUAUCGGACGCCGAUGCCAAGAGUAUGAUACAGCAGGCGGACAAAUCCGGCGAUGGGCAGAUUGACGUGGAGGAAUUCCUCGCUGUAUUUCAAGUAUAAAUUUAAUGUAACGUUGAUGGCUAGAAUUCCGCCCGAUUGAAAGGAAAUUAAAUCGUUGCCAGGUAGCUUGUGUAAGAUAUUGGCAGGUCAAGGCUAAAUUUCAGGUACCGGUACUUAACAUCUACUCGAAGUGACAAGGCUCAAGGCUUUAACGCAAGAAAUCCUAUCUCUGCUGUAAGCUAAUCGGCGAUUGUCC